AUGGCUCGGCCGCGCGUGCGGCUGGUGGUGACGGCGGACGACUUUGGCUACUGCCCGCGGCGGGACGAGGGCAUCGUGGAGGCCUUCCUGGCCGGCGCGGUGACCAGCGUGUCGCUGCUGGUGAACGGCGCGGCGGCGGAGAGCGCGGCGGAGCUGGCCCGCAGGCACCGGAUCCCCACGGGCCUCCACGCCAACCUGUCCGAGGGCCGCCCCGUGGGCCCGGCGCGCCCUGGAGCCUCGUCGCUGCUCAGCCCCGAAGGCUUCUUCCUGGGCAAGAUGGGAUUCCGGGAGGCGGUGGCCGCCAAGGAUGUGGCUCUGCCCCAGGUGCGGGAGGAGCUGGAGGCCCAGCUGGGUCGCUUCCAGGAGCUACUGGGCAGGAAACCCACGCACGUGGACGGGCACCAGCAUGUGCACGUGCUCCCAGGCGUGUGCCAGGUGUUCGCAGAGGCGCUGCAGGCCCACGGGGUGCGCUUCACGCGUCUGCCGCUGGAGCGGGGCCUGGGAGACUGUACUUGGCUCGAGGCCCCUGCGCGCGCCUUCGCGUGUGCCGUGGAGUGUGAUGCCCGGGCUGCUGUGGGCCCCUUCUCCCGUAGUGGCCUAAGGUGGACGGAUGCCUUCGUGGGUCUCAGCACCUGUGGCCGGCACAUGUCUGCUCAUCGUGUGUCGGGAGCACUGGCUCGGGCCCUGGAAGGCACACCCACAGGUCACUCCCUGACGGCGGAGCUGAUGGCCCACCCCGGCUACCCCAGUGUGCCUCCCGCCGGAGGCUGCGGGGAGGGCCCUGACGCCUUUUCCUGCUCUUGGGAACGGCUUCACGAGCUGCGUGUCCUCAUGGAGCCGACGCUGCAGGCCCAGCUUGCCCAGGACGGCGUGCAGCUCUGUGCCCUCCAUGACCUGGAGUCCAAGAGACGGGGUGAAGCCACUCGACAAAUCUUCCUGGAGCCCGCCCACCCGUGA